UGAGCUGCCUUCAACUAUCCACUCACCAAAGAAAAGAAAAAGUUUUCUUAGCAAAAAAUUCAAUUAUCUGCGAGAAUGGCCGCCUCGACCACCUCUGGAGGAAUUACCCCGAUUAAAGGAUUUGAGAACAGCCUUGAGAUUGAAUGUCUCGCUCGUUUUGCCGUUGAUGAGUACAACAAAAAACAGAAUGCACUAGUUCUGGAAUUUAAGAAGGUAUUGGAUGCUAAACAGCAAGUGGUGGCAGGGUUCAUGUACUAUCUAACCCUGGAGGUGUUCGACCGCGUGGAGAAGAAGAAGAGAGUGUGUGACACUAAGGUGUGGGUCAAGCCAGAUAACUCCAAGGAAUUGCAGGAAUUCAAGUUUGUUGGCGAUGCCUAAAUAAGCUUUGUGAUCGGACUCGUAUAGCAGCAGUUAAUUCGUAAAAUAAAUAAAGCAGUAUUGCUAAUGUUAAAUGUUCGAAUAAACUACUACAAGUGCAUGGUAUCGUGACAAGCAAUAAUAUGAAUACGAGUCCAAGUAUUGUUACCUGAGAACUUAAUGCUAUGAACUACCAUUUUAUUUAA